AGUAGAAGACACUUGCCCAAGGUUCCACGCAGUGGGACUGAACCCGGAACCAAGUGGUUGGCAAGCAAGCUCUUCACCACACAGCCACUCCUGUUUUUUUCAAAAGUUGAAUAUUACAAAAUUUUUCUACGUAUUUUGCCAAAAAGAAUCUUUUAAAGUGGAAAUUUAAGAAAUUGUGGUGCAGGCUCCAAUCUGAAUUGGCAGAGUUUCUCCAGCUGGAUGCCCUUCCUAACACCAACCACUCUGAGAGUGUAGUGGGUGCUUUUAUGUGCCACCUGCACGAGGGCCAGUCGGGAGGUACUGAUUUGUCUUAUCCACAAAACCCUUUCGCAUCAGUCUACUAUUGGAACAUCGUUUCUCGUACAUAUAUUAUGAUUUUAAAUGAACAUUUUGUUCAAAAUUAUGUUUAGCAAUAUUGAAAUACAUUUUAACAACUUUUAAUUGUUAGGAAAAUAGACAUUACGAUAAAUAUUAAUAUGGGCCUUAUGGAUACAUUUGAGCCAGAUGGCAUGCUAGUAUACAUAUGUCUAUAUCUACACCCAGACUUACAUAUCCACAUACAGAUGUUUUCAGACAAUCUUUAAAAUUACAUUGGUAUUCCCCAAACCAAGUUGGUGGUGAUGUUGGUGUUAGUAGUGAUCAACAGGUUUUAACCCUUUUCAAAGUGACCCCUAUAUUUUACACUGUUUCUCUCUCUUUUAUUUCAGAGAAUAUCACAUGACAUUGGCAUCAAAGCAUUGUCUCCAUCAGAUGACAUCAUCAAUAUUCAACACCUUUUAAAGACUGAAAGAAAAUAUUGUACAGAAGAGAUUUAAGAACUCCAGAGAAUUCCAGUGAAAUAUUUCUUCUCAACUGAGAUUGAUAGCAACGCUUCUCUUGUGAGAUGUUUGGAAUGUCUACAAGAUUAUUUUGUACUGAAGUUAAACUUGGAUAGUUUUAAAAGGAAUCUGAGUAUUUUCAGACAUCAAGGAGGAUUCCUGUUGAUGGAAAGAGAGCAAUAACUUUAAUUUGUUAGGAAUAAGUUGUAGGACAAGAACAAAAACUGUAUCCACAUAAGUUGUGUUGAUUGAAGUAAAAUAAGGGAGAAAGUGAUUAUAUAAGAUAGUUGAAGAAUAUAUUUUUAUUCUGAAGAGAUGUCACGAAACAAACCACAAUCCGCUUUUCAGUGUGGUAUCUGUGAAAAGUCUUUCACUCGGAAAUGUAAUCUAAAUAUUCACGAACGUAUUCAUACAGGGGAGAAUGCAUUUCGCUGUGAUAUCUGUGGUAAAUGCCUCUCUCAGGAAACUACCUUAAUUGUACACAAGCGUAUUCAUACGGGGGAGAAACCAUUUGAGUGUGAUAUUUGUGGUAAAUCAUACUCUCAUAGAUUUAGCUUAACUUUACACAAACAUAUUCAUAUGGGAAAGAAGCCAUUUCAGUGUGAUAUUUGUGGUAAAUCAUUCUCUUACAAGUAUCUCUUAAUGGAUCAUCGUCGUAUUCAUACAGGAGAAAAACCAUUUCACUGUGGUAUUUGUGGUAAAUCAUUCACCGUAAGCACCAUCUUAAUUAAACACAAACGUAUUCACACAGGAGAGAAGCCAUUUAAGUGUGAUAUUUGUGGUAAAUCCUUCACUCUGGGAACUGCCUUAACAGUACACAAACGUAUUCACACAGGAGAGAAGCCAUAUCACUGUGAUAUUUGUGGCAAAUCAUUCUCUACAAAAAGUAAUUUAACUAAACACAGACGUAUCCAUACAAGAGAGAAGCCAUUUCACUGUGAUAUCUGUGGUAAAUCAUUCUCUAACAAUUAUGACUUAAUUGAUCACAAACGUAUUCACACAGGAGAGAGACAAUUCCACUGUGAUGUCUGUGACAAAUCAUUCUCUUCAAGAGGUAAUUUAACAAGACACAAGCGUAUUCAUGCAAGAGUGAAGCCAUUUCACUGUGAUGUUUGUGGUAAAUCUUUCUGUCGGAAUAGCCAUUUAGCUGUUCACAAACGUAUUCAUACAGGUGAGAAGCCUUUUCACUGUAAUAUCUGUGACAAAUCAUUCUCUACAAAAAGUAAUUUAACUAAGCACAAGCAUAUUCAUAAAAGAGAGAAGCAUUUAUACUGUGAUGUUUGUGAUAAAUCAUUCUCUUACAAUUAUGACUUGAUUGAUCACAAACGUACUCAUGUGGCGGAAAAGACAUUUCACUGUGAUAUUUGUGGUGGUUCAUUUUCUACAAGUGGUAGUUUAACUACACACAAGCGUAUCCACACUGGAGAUAAACCAUUUCACUGUGAUAUCUGUGGUAAAUCAAUCUCUACAAGCAGUAAUUUAGCAAGACACAAGCGUAUUCAUGCAAGAAAGAAGCCAUUUCACUGUGAUAUCUGUGGUAAAUCAUUCACAGAUGCAGGGCAUUUAACUUCACACAAACAAAUUCAUACAGGAGAAAAACCAUUUCGCUGUAAUAUCUGUGGUAAAUCAUUCUCUCGCAAUAACGGCUUAAUUAAUCACAAACGUAUUCAUACAGAGAAAAAGCCAUUUAACUGUGAUAUCUGUGAUAAAUCAUUCUCUAAAAGCAGUAAUUUAAUUAUACACAAUCGUAUUCAUACAGGAGAGAAACCAUUUCAUUGUGGUAUCUGUGGGAGAUCAUUCACAGAAGCAGGGAAUUUAACUUCGCACAAGCGUAUUCAUACAGGAGAAAAGCGAUUUCACUGUGAUGUCUGUGGUAAAUCAUUCUCUCACAGUUAUAGCUUAAUUGUUCACAGACGUAUUCAUACAGGGGAAAAACCAUUUAACUGUGAUAUUUGUGGUAGUGCAUACUCUAAAAGUAGUAGUUUAACUACACACAAGCGCAUUCAUACAGGAGAGAAACCAUUUCGGUGUCAUAUCUGUGGUAAAUCAUUCUCUUACAGUAAUGGCUUAAUUGUUCACAAACGUAUUCAUACCGGGGAAAUGCCAUUUAAGUGUGGUAUCUGUGGCAAAUCAUUCUGUACAAGCAGUAAUUUAACUGCACACAAACGCGUUCAUACAGGAGAGAAGCCAUUUCAGUGUGAUGUGUGCAGUAAAUCAUUCUCUGCAAGAGGUAAUUUAACUGUACACAAACGUAUCCAUACACCAUAGAAGCCAAUUCACUGUGAUGUUUGUGGUAAAUCAUUCUUUCAAAACUCUAACUUAACUAAACAUAUAUCUAGUCAUACAAAAGUGUGACUAUGCUAUUUUCAAAAUUCAUUGCACCUCUUUACAACGAACUAUACUAACCUCUCUUAGCUUUGUCUCCACUGUUUCAUUCCGACACUACACUUCACCUUCCCAACUUUUUCUACUAACACCAUUACCCUGUUGUCUCUCUCUACUUGACCACAACCAUGUUGCCUGAGAUACACCAAUACAGUAUCAGAAAUCUUAUUCUCUUUAGACAUUGUUUCAUAGUUGAAGUGAUACAUGGCUGCCAUUUCUUGCAGGUUGUUCCUUCAUUAUCUGUUGAUUUGUGCUCAGUGCAGGAUUAAUCAAUAAGCGAAAUAAUUGUGUGCUUGGGGCAUCAAAGGAAUGGGACGCAAAAACACACCCACGCUCUCUCACUGGACAAUGGUGGCAACUCUUUGAAAAAAAAACAACUUUCUUCCAAACAAUGCCCCACCUUAAAUAGCCAGCUGGUUUUGCCAUUUUGAAAGGCCAAGAAUAAACUUGUCAUUGAACGAACUGACCAGCUGUAAACACAAUUUUCAGAUACACACACACCAACACAAAAACACUCACACUCUCUCUCACUUUUCCCCCUCUUUCACUAUCCUAUAUAUCUCUCUCUCCGCCCCUACUCAUUAAUACUAUACACAUUUUAAUACUAUAAAAAGAGACAAAUCAUUCUGAAGUGAAAUCAUACCUGAAGAAUCUACAAAAUACAAGUGCUAAUAUUUAUAAAAUGUGAUGUAUUAAUAAAAAUCUGUAAAUGUACAACCAUCCAGA